UUACUAAUUCUUGGUAUACAAAAUGAGAUAAAAAGAUCUUAUAAAAUUUAGACAAAAUGGAAAAACUUGUAACAUAUAUUCCAGUUAAUAGCUGCUUACAUUACUAUUUAUGCGAAACGGAAUUUGCGCCCUAUAUAAGGACUGCAGGAACUGUCCUUUUAGGAUGGAUUAUAAUCUCUUGGAUAUGGCAUAUUAUUCUGAUGCUUUGUGCACCAAUUGUAGUGAGUCUACUUGCGAUUGUUUUGAUCUGUCCAACAACACUUGACUGGUUCAUGUGCCAAAUGGGGCCAACUUUCAAGAGCACUACAUGUGUACUUAUAGACAAAAUUAGUUCAUCGAUCAACUUUUGAAAAAUAUUUAUAAUAACAGAUAUAAAAUUUUGAAAAAUUUUAGUCCGUUAUAUUUAUUUGAAAUAAUACAUAUUUGAUUUUAAUCUUACUGUAUGUGUUGUGCAAUAGCAAAUUCUAAGAAAUGUAGAUAAAACAUAUAUUUGUUA